ACGUAAGGUAGGAAUAUGCACGAUCCUCACCCCUUGAGAAGUAAGUGGUGUAUUGACUGAUAUUCUUCCUCUUCAUCACGAGUACGAGGGCUUCAUCCACCGUCCAUAUACCUCCACCCGUAUAUCUGGAAAAUGGCCUCUGCUCCAGACAUUAUCACAUAUAUUGGCGUGCCCCUCGCAGUCCUUGGGGUUCUACCAAUUAUUUACAAUACCAUCUCAACUCUUGCGACGCUGGCCAAAGUCAGGCGCAUGCUCCGACGCAGCCGUCUUGUAGGCAUCACGAGAGGGGAUGUGGUCAACCGCGUGAUAGAGGUAGAGCUCCCCCGCUAUACGCUUGCCCCUUUACACCGGGAACGAGAAUAUAAAGAUUACUGGCGGCUGUCCGAUUACCCAAGCCGGAUCCCAGGAGGCAGUUGGACGAUCUUCAAUUGGAAGUCCAAUGCUAUUGGCUUGAAGACUCAGCGGCUAGAUUACUCUGAUCAACUUCGACAGCCGCAAGCCGAGAUAGGAUUCGAAGAACUUCUUAGCUUCCUUCUCGAUCUGGGAGCUGUCCCGGACCCCGUAGGUUUCCGCAUGCUGAGAACGAGUGGACUCUGGAUACCGGCAGGCACUCCUCUUCUCCUCUCGCCUGAUCGAACUGAAAAAGUCCUGACCAUUGCCCCUUUGGAUGAUUCAGAUGGACAUCUUUCACUGGCGGUUUACUGGUCUUCAAAUUGGGAUAUGAGAGACCAGAACUCUCUACCUCCAUACUGGGUUCUGAUCAAAGGCAUACCCCCAACUCGACCUGUCAGCAAAGUCGAUGGUACGGCGGAGCAACCAUCCGAUGGGAUAGAUGGAUCUACUGUCUCUGUUGAGGUCAAAGGAUCCACAGCAUUGCAAUACAUGCCCCUUGCUCCACCGGCUAUAAGGUGCCAAGUUGGGAUCAACGGAGUUAUAUCUGCCGUUCCCGAUGAUUUCGAUGCCCAGAUGUUUGAGUCACUUGACGUCCGCCAUCUGGAAGUUGAUGAAUCCGGCCUCAACACCGCGGGGAUCUGGUUCGCCAGUGCCCUUACAGCACUCAGCACCUCCUCCCAAACCAUUCUCUGGAACUACAAAAUCCCAUCCGACAUUCUGGCCUUCUCCAAGAAGGACACGAUUCCCUGCGGGAUUCUCGUGCUCCUAGAUCUUGUCGAAGAAUCUGCGACUCCAGAAUGGGCGACGAAGUAUGACGAUGAGGAAGAGGAGCGCGAGGCUAAGUUCCGCAAGAUGAAUGAACAAGCGAGGGCUGUGCUGCGAGAGAGCCAAUUGCCCCCGGACCAGAGGGCCGCGGCUUUCAGGGAGAGAGCUCAGAGGCAGCAUGAGGACUGGGUAGCGGGUCUCAACGCGACUCGGAGACGAGACGAGCAACGAGCUGAGACGAGGAUGAUGGAGGCACUUCAGAGUCCCAAGUGGGGUAACAAGCUAAUAGCUGGGAAGGUCCUGCCGUGGCUUCAAAAGGAGGGCCACGUAGAUGCAUCUCACGACUCGAAGCGCGCGGUGGAAGUUUUGCUAUGGAAAUUGAUUAACGAUCCUCCCAUGACGAGAGAUCUGGCACGGAUGCUAGAUCAGUGGAAGGCCUUUGUUGAUAAUGGAGGUCUUCGAAAAGCGGAUUAUCUGACGCUGAAAGAAAACAAAGUCAUGUUUGGUUAUGCGAGCCUUCUCCUUGCGGUCAUUGAGGAUUCUGUAAUGGCGGCACUGGGAUCGCUGGCUAUGGAUCUGCAGGAGUGUAUAAGAAUAUGGAAGAGAGUCAGGCUUGGAUGAAUUGUAGAUUGUAAGGAGUUGUAAAUGUAGUAUACCCCCUGAAUCUAUGUCUUUUUUGAAGAUAAUCUAUCGCUAUGCUAUGCAACUAUUCAAACACUUUUAUGGAUGAUACUAUACAGCAAGGUAACUCUUUCGAGAUAAAAGGUACCUAUCCCAAAUUUUC